AUGCCUCUGCUCGCCAAGAACCCGAAGCCGCGCAUUAUAUUGGGGACCAUGACUUUUGGUCCUGAUACGGCGACUGGUGCUCGUGUCACGUCUCUUGACGAGUACAAUACGUUCCUUGAUCAUUUUCAGGCCGCUGGCUAUAGCGAAAUUGACACUGCACGCUCCUAUGUUGGUGGCAAGCAAGAGGCCUUCACGAGGGAAGCUCAUUGGAAAGAGAGGGGCCUCACACUAGCAACGAAGGUCUACCCGGACAAGCCAGGCAAACACGCCCCCGAAGUUCUCACGGAACACUUCAACACCAGCUUGAACGAACUGGGAACUACCUGUGUCGAUAUUUUCUACCUUCAUGCUGCUGACCGCUCUGUUCCAUUUGCCGAGACUCUCGAGGCUGUGGAUAGGCUCCACAAAGAGGGAAAAUUUGUACAGCUCGGAUUAUCAAAUUUCACCGCUUUCGAAGUUGCCGAGGUUGUCAUGACUUGCAAAAACAAUAAUUGGGUUAGGCCGACUAUCUACCAAGGAAUGUAUAAUGCUAUCACUCGCUCGCUGGAACACGAACUCAUCCCAGCCUGCAAGAAGUAUGGUCUUGACGUGGUAGUAUAUAACCCGAUUGCUGGUGGUUUGUUCAGUGGAAAAUACAAGUCAAAAGACAUUCCUUCUGAGGGACGGUACAGUGAUGCUGUCGGUAGAAUGGGAGAUAUGUAUCGAAAACGCUAUUUCAAAGACUCCACCUUCGAAGCACUCAAAGUUAUUGAGCCUGUUGUGGAGAAACACGGCUUGACAAUGGUGGAGACCGCGUUGAGAUGGGUUGUCAACCACUCAGCGUUGAACGUCAAAGAUGGAAAUGACGGCGUCAUAAUAGGAGUAAGCAGUCUUGCUCAACUCGACCAGAACUUGAAGGAUUGCGAGAAAGGUCCACUACCCGAGGAAGUCCUGCAAGCACUUGACAAAGCAUGGAAAGUCUCUCAGCCAGAUACGCCAAACUAUUGGCAUCUGGACUUGAAGUAUACCUAUGACACAAGGAAAGCACUCCUUGGCAAAUAG